CACCCGCCGCCGAACCCCAGGCGGCCCCGGACCGAGGCCAGCAGGUAGCGGCGGGCGGCGAGGAGGGCCGGGGGCGGGCAUGCCGGGCCCGUCGCCCGGCGGCUCCCCAGAGAGGGAAACGGGGGCCGGCGGGAGGCCGCGGGGGCCCGGCCGGGACCGACGGGUGCGGUUCCGGCUGCCUCACACCGCCAUCGCGCUGCCGUCGGUGCGCGAGGAGGAGCGGCUCUUCUACCGGCGGCUGGAGGCGCUGGCGGUGCCGGGGCCCGGCGGCUUCGGGCCGCUCUUCGUUUCCGACGCUUGGAGCGACUUGACGGAGGACCGGCUGCUGCGGAAGCGCGUGGUGCGGGCCGGGCCGGGCGGGUCGCGGCCGUUGCCGGGCCAGGAGGUGUCGGUGAAGGUGCUGGGCGCCCUGGAGGACGGCGGGCUGGUGGAGCGGGACCCGCGGCUCAUCUUCGUGCCGGGUCACGGCGACGUCGUGCAGGUGAGCCCGAACCGGUGCGCGGUUCCAUGCCGUGCGGGUCAGCGCUGCCCGGGGCUCCGACCCGCCAGCCCCGCCGUGCCCGUCCACAGGCUCUGGAGCUGGGCGUCCCCACCAUGCAGCCCGGGGAGGUUGCCUUCUUCCUCGCCGCUUUCCCCUACGCCUAUGGCCACCCGGGCAGGUGACGCUGCUGGAGGUGCGGGACGGCCCCGACCCGCAGCCGCUGCCGCCCGCCGUCCGCCUGCGCCUGGGCUCGCAGCGCCGGGAGCGGGGCAACUUCCACUUCGCACGGGGCGACUUCGCGGCGGCGCUGCGAUCGUACCGGCUGUCCCUGAGCGCCCUGGACGGCCCCGCCACCGCUCUGCCCGGGCCCGAGGAGGAAGAGGAGUUGCGGGAGCAGCGCGUGAAGUGCCUCAACAACUGCGCGGCCGCCGAGCUGAAGCUGGGGCGGGCGGAGGAGGCGCUGGCGGCCUGCGAGGCGGCCCUGCGGAUCAGCCCCGACAACAACCGGGCGUUGCUCCGCCGCGGGCAGCUGCUGGCAGAGCAGGGCCGGGACGCAGAGGCGGCGCUCACCCUGAGGAAAGCCCUGGAGCUGGACCCGGCCAACAAGGUCAUCCACACCGAGCUCUCACGGCUGGCGAAGCGCCAGAGCCCCGCACCCAGCACCGCCCCGCAGAAUCCCCGCCACGACGCGAUGCCGCCGCCGAGCCCCGCAUCCCCCGCACCGCCCACGGCGGAAGGAGCGAUCUGAGCGGCCCCGCAGCGCCCCAGAGCCUGACUGAGGAGAUAGAAGAGCUCUCAUACCGCCCUCCCCGCACCGCCCCACAGUCCCUGGGGCGGAGGAGAACUGUGCGGGGGGAGGGCUGAGGGAGGAGCGGGACGAGG